GACCGAGCCAAUGCUCUCACACACGCAAAUCACAACACAUCCGUCUGCCAACACCCACCAUGGCGAAGGCUCGUGUGUCACUGCAACGCCAGGCAGAGCAGAUUGAUGUGCACGAGGAUGAACAGAAAGAAGAGGAAGUCAACUCCGAACUGGGCGAAAGCAUGGAUCCCCUCGAUGAAAGCAGGCACACAGUCGACAGUAGUGAUGAAGAAGUUGAAGAUGCUGUCGCCGAUGACAUGGCACGGUUCGAAGAGACAUUUGCGGGUAUCACUAAGAGGUUUCGAUUGAUUAAUCGUAUUGGUGAAGGCACGUUCUCAACCGUAUAUAAGGCUGAAGAUCUGGAGUACGACAAAUACGACAACGAUUGGGAUAUUGAAGAGCGCGAGAACAAGAAGUGGCCAUCGUCAGAACAUCGCAAACGACAAAAACGACCACAUUAUGUUGCCAUCAAGAAGAUCUAUGUCACAAGCAGCCCGAUCCGUAUUUUUAACGAGCUCGAACUGCUCUACGAUCUCAGAGACUCGGACUCGGUUUGUCCUCUUAUCACUGCCUUCCGUCAUCUGGACCAGGUCGUUGCUGUACUACCUUACUUCCAGCAUCGCGACUUUCGCGAUUACUACCGAGAUAUGAAGAUAUCUGAGAUGCGUCUGUACUUCCGGAGUAUGAUCACAGCACUUCGAGCGGUACAUCAGAAGAAGAUCAUCCACCGCGAUGUCAAACCAACCAAUUUUCUGUAUAACCCGGUUCUGCAGCGUGGAGUCCUCGUCGACUUUGGAUUGGCGGAGCGCGAGGGCACAGACUGGCACCAAUGUGCAUGUCAUUUGUCGGAUGAGGAUCGCCGUCACAGAACAACUCACAGCGUAUAUGCACAGACUCAGUCCUCGGGUCCCAACUCCUCCAGCUACCCGAAGAACGACACACGAAACAGCCGCCGAGCCAAUCGGGCAGGCACUCGCGGCUUCCGUGCUCCUGAGGUGCUCUUGAAAUGUACACAACAGACUUGCUCCAUUGACAUGUGGAGCGUGGGAGUCAUCUUGCUGACCAUGUUAUCUCGUCGCUUUCCGUUCUUCCACAGCGCGGACGAUAUUGACGCAUUGCUCGAGAUCGGUACCAUUUUCGGUCGCAAGAAAAUGAGGGAGACAUCAUUGCUACAUGGUCAGGUCUUCGAAACCAACAUUCCCAGUUACAGCGAGAGUGGGCACAGCCUAGAAAAGAUUAUCCUCUGGUGCACAGGAAGGACUGGUGACAAGACUGCGCCGAAGAAAGAGCUAGCAGAUGACGAGAAAGAGGCUACGCAAUUCCUCUACCGCCUCAUGGAGUGCAAUCCAGCCAAACGCAUUACUGCUGAUGAGGCCCUCCGGCACCCAUUCCUUGCGAAAGUCCAAGAGGACACUGAAGUGGAAGACGAUAUGGACGACCUCGUCGAAGAGUAGAACGAUGGACAUUAAUGAGGAAUGCACUCACGAUAUGAUCAAAGAACAGGAGGCGUUUGGACACGGCAUUGAUCGCUUAAAGCAUAAAGUUUGGAGUUUUUGGCCAUCUAGGGACGGCAACCUGAUGAAACAUUGCGAUACCCUCAUCCUUGUAUACU